CGCCCAUCUUUCCUCGUUUCUUCUUCUACAUGUCUCUUUCCUCAUCAAUUUCAGAGCCAAUAAAAAGCGUUAGCAACAAAGCUGAGGCUAAAACAGAGCCAGUUAGUUAACUGCUUUUCUUUCCCCUGCUUUCAUUUCCACAGAUAUGAAAGUGCCCUUUACUUCUAAUGAAAACGUGAACUCCAAGGCAUCCUCCACCGCGCUAUUGACAACUAAUUCUGGGGCUACUAACAAUAAUCUCAAUAUCCAGCCCCCCGCCGCCUCCCCUGCUUUUCCGGCCACCAACGCCGUCAGCUACGAACCGAAAUCCGUUCUCGAUCACCGCCGCAGCCCCAGCCCCAUCCUCCCGGAAAACACCCGCCCGCCUCUGGAUAGCGACGACCCUCUCCAGCUGGCUGACCAUGUGCUGACCAACUUUGAAGACUGGGAUUCUGAGUCGACUCAGUUUCUUGAGUUUCAACACUCUCUUGAGUCGGCCGAUCAUAAUCAGUUCCUGCAGCCAAAUUCUGAUCAACAACAUCAAUUCACCUUCUCCGAUGACACAUUCACGGCGGCGGCGGCGGCGCAGUAUUCUCAACCGCCGGCUCUGGUGACUCAGCAGGGAGGUGGGAACAAUAUUAAUGACGAUUUUCAGCAGCAAAAUAGCUGGAACUUGACGGCGUUCGAUUUCGUGGGCGAGCUGAUCCGGUUCGCCGAGUGUUUCGAAACGAACGCCGCCCAGCUGGCUCAAGUGAUAUUGGCGCGGCUCAAUCAUAAGCUCAGAUCUCCGACCGGAAAGCCGCUCGAGAGAGCUGCCUUCUAUUUCAAGGAAUCUCUCCAGUCUCUACUCACCUGGUCGACUCGGAUGACCAAACCCGCCUCCUCCUCGUCCGAGAUCAUCCAAACCAUCAAAGCCUACAAUAUCUUCUCAAGCAUCUCUCCGAUCCCCAUGUUCUCCAGCUUCACGGCUAACCAAGCCAUCCUCGAAGCCGUGGUCGGCUCCCCGCUCGUCCACGUCAUCGACUUCGAUAUCGGGCUGGGCGGGCACUGGGCUUCCUUCAUCAAAGAGCUAGCCGAGUCUUCCUCCCGAGCCAAGCCGCCUGCUCUCCGUAUAACGGCUCUCGUUCCCGAUGAGUACGCGGUCGAGUCGAGGCUGAUCAGAGAGAACUUGACCCAGUUCGCUCGUGAUCUCAACAUGGCGGCUUUCGAUUUCGAUUUCGUGUUGAUUAGCACGUUUGAGCUUUUGUCCUUCAAAGCAAUUAAAUUUAUGGACGGAGAGAAGACCGCGGUUGUUUUGUCUCCGUCCAUAUUCAGGAAGAUCGGGACGGGAUUCGUCGCCGAUCUUCGUCAUAUUUCGCCACACGUGGUGGUCCACGUGGACAACGAAGGGCUCACGGGAUUCGGCCCAUCUUCUUUCCGCCAGAUGGUGAUGGAAGGGCUGGAUUUUUACUCGACGCUGAUGGACUCCCUUGAAGCAGCGGCGAAUGUCCGCGGCGGUGGCGGAGACUGGUUGAAGAAGAUCGAGACUUAUGUGCUAUACCCGAGAAUAAUGGAAAUGGUAGGGGCGGCAGGCCGCCGUGGGACGCCGUGGAGAGAGGCUUUUCUAGCGGCGGGGUUCAGGCCGGUUGUUUUCAGCCAGUUUGCGGACUUUCAAGCUAACUGCUUACUUGGAAGGGUAGAAGCGAGAGGGUUCCAGGUGGCGAAAAGGCAGGCGGAAAUGUUGCUUUGCUGGCAUGACAGGGCUUUCGUCGCCACGUCAGCGUGGCGGUGAAUAAAUUGACCGGUCGUAUAUAGAUUAGGGGAGGAGGGUUGCCGCCUACAACAAUAAGGAUCCGAAUUGAUAUGGUACUUUUUUUCUAAAUCAAUCUUGGUCGUUCAUGUAGUUAUUCCAAACUUCCACCGUCCUUAACUGGUUAAACUUUUUUCAUUUGGUUACUGCAAAAUUUUGACAUCUUCUUCUUAAAAUAAUAAAGUAUAGUACUGUAUAUGAUUAAUGUCUUUGUUUUUCUUUACAUUAAUCAUAUAAUUUUAGUUUAUGAUUUUAAGUGUCAAUCAAACUAAUGAGAAAGGGAGGGAGAAUUGAAGAAAUGAUCUGUUUUCUGAAUAUUAUCUAUUUGUCUUUUGAGUAUGUAUUGUAAAGGCUUUCUAUUUUGUUUUGAGUAUGUAUUGUAAAGGCUUUCUAUUUUGUCAUUGUAGUGUCUUUCACUAAGAAAGUAAUGUGGAGUUCGUACUUCAUUCUUCA